CGAGAAUGUCCAUCCCGCCAGGCCAGGCAUUACGAGGCUCGUUAGGCUGUAGGAAGGUAACCUGUUCCUGAAUACCUACCUAACCUCCAUUGGCCCCUCCUGAUCACCAUCAUCGACAUCUUCAUCAGCCUUUUUGAAAACUACAGAGACCGAGGUACAGUACACACGUAAACCAUGACGGACAAAAAGGAGCCUGUGUCCACCGACGCCCCUCCAUCCUACGAAGCCCUCUCCAUCCCUCCUGAAGCACAGUCACAACCGCAAUCGCAAUCGCAAUCAUCCCCACAGCCUGGUGGCCCUCGAAGACUUCGCCCACCACCUCCUCUAGACAUUCCGGCCCUGAACAUCCUCCGCGGGCGUCGCGUCAUCCUCGCCUCACAGUCCCCUCGGCGGAGAGCCCUGCUCGCCCAGAUCGGCCUGACCCAAGUAGAGACGAUACCGUCCAACUUUGCGGAGAACCUCCCUCACACGCUGUCCCCGUGGGAAUACGUGUCGGCGACGGCGACCCAAAAGGCCCUCUCCGUCUACCGCACCUCCAUCCAAGAUGAGUCCAAACCCGAGCCGGCCCUGAUCAUAGCGGCCGACACCAUCGUCGUGUCGGCGAUGGGCGAGAUCCUCGAAAAGCCCCGAUCCGAAGCGCACCACAUCAAGAUGCUCCAGGGCCUGCGCGAUACCGGCACGCACAGAGUCUACACGGCGGUCGCCCUGAUCGCGCCGUUGGCCAGUGCGAGGGAUCCGGGGUACGCUCUCGAGACGGGGACGGAGGAGACGAUAGUCAAAUUCGACCCGGAGAUCUCGGACGAAUUGUUGCUCGCGUACGUCCGCACGAGAGAGGGUGCGGACAAGGCGGGAGGGUACGGGAUCCAAGGCACAGGCGCGAUACUCGUGGAGAAGAUAGAAGGGAGUUUCGACAAUGUUGUGGGCUUGCCGCUACGGUUGACGUUGAAACUCAUGGAAAAGGUCAUGAUGAAGGCCGAUGAUGAUGAUCAUUUGGGCGAUGAGGAUUUGUUGGCUGAGGAGGAAGAGGAAUGAUGACAACCAACACGCAUUUAUAGGGCGUUAUCGGGACGUGGAGCGUGACAUGAAAUGGAAUAAGACGAUAUGGAUAUACACACACUCCCCAAAACAUAGACCUGACUUGAGCGAGCAUAUGAGUUUAGUUUGAAUCUUUGAACCAAAAAAGGCACAUGAUCAACUUGGCGCAAGAACGUCCGGAUCUUCAUCGCCAUGUGUUGGAACACCC